AUGCAUCGAAUGAUGAAAGAAGAAUCAAGUUUUGGGACAAGCAGCCUGGAAAAUGCGACACGGGACCCAAACAAAGAAAAGUUGCACAUGAAGCUCUGCAGUGGGUCCUGCCAUGCUGAGCAAAUCCUCCAAACGUUAAACUCCUACCGGCAGAGCGGCAUCUUCACAGACGUGGUGCUAUUAAUUGAUGGACAAGAAUUCCCCUGUCACCGUGCCACUUUGUCAGCCAACAGCACAUAUUUCCGGGCCAUGUUUGGUGGUAAUCUCAAGGAAGGCCACCAGGAUAUCAUUAAUAUCCAGAAGAUUUCUGCUUCCACCAUGUCUCUCCUUCUUGACUAUAUGUAUGGAGGAAACAUCAUCAUUCAGGAGGACAAUGUUGAAGGCAUCUUGGAACUGUCUGACUUGCUGCAGAUCUCCAAGCUCAGAGAUGCUUGUGUCACCUUCCUGGAAGGCCAACUUCACCCAUGCAAUUGUUUAGGCAUCAUGAAGUUUGCUGAUUCAUUCUCCAUCACGUCCCUGACAGAAAAAAGCAAGAGGUUCAUGCUGGAGUGUUUUGUGGAGGUGUCAUGUCAUGAAGAGUUCCUGGAGAUGGGUGUGAAGGAGCUGGUUGAAUAUCUGUCCGAUGAAGAGCUGGUGGUCCCCAAGGAGGAGGUGGUCUUUGAAGCUGUCAUGCGUUGGGUACGGCAUGACGUACCUGCCAGGAAGGGAGCCUUGAAGGAGCUCCUUGAGCAUGUGCGUCUGCCCCUGCUCGACCCCACCUAUUUCCUGGAGAAGGUGGAAAUGGAUGGACUCAUCCAGGACUCCAAGGAAUGCAUUCCGCUACUGCAUGAAGCCCGCAAGUACUACAUCCUCGGGAACGAGGUCAGCUCUUUGCGAUCAAGGCCCAGAAGGUUCAUGGAGCUGGCAGAAGUCAUCGUCAUCAUUGGGGGCUGUGAUAAGAAAGGUCUUCUGAAGCUGCCCUUCACAGAUCUCUACCACCCAAAGAGCAGGCAGUGGACAGCCCUCUCCAGCGUGCCUGGCUACACCAAGUCAGAGUUUGCUGCCUGCACACUGAAGAACGAUGUGUACAUAUCAGGAGGACACAUCAGCAGCAACGAUGUUUGGGUGCUGAGCUCCCAGCUGAACGUCUGGAUCAAGGUGGCUUGUCUGCAGAAAGGCCGAUGGAGGCACAAAAUGGCAACACUUCAGGGCAAGAUCUAUGCUGUGGGAGGUUUUGAUGGGUUUUACCGCCUCUCCAGCGUGGAGUGCUAUGACACGUUCUCCAACAGCUGGACAACCUUGGCCCCACUGCCUCAAGCGGUGAGCUCGGCGGCUGUGGUCUCCUGCCUGAACAAACUCUACGUCCUGGGCGGUGCUGUGGAUGACACCGCUAACACUGACAAGGUCCAGUGUUACGAUCCCGAGGACAACAAGUGGACGCUCUUGUCUCCCACCCCUUUUUACCAGAGGUGCAUCAGUGCCGUCUGCUUGGACAACAUCAUUUAUGUUGUAGGUGGACUCCUCAGUAAAAUCUUCAGCUAUGAUCCAAGGAAAGACAACUGGCGAGAAGUGGCCACCCUCCCUGGGCCUCUGGAGAGCUGCGGCCUGACAGUGUGCGGAGGGAAGAUUUACAUCCUGGGUGGCCGAGAUGAGAAUGGGGAAGGCACGGACAAAGCAUUCACUUUCGACCCAGCGACGGGGAGCGUGGCGCAGCAGCCACCGCUGCAGCGCUGUACCAGUUACCACGGCUGUGUGACCAUCCUGCAGCGCAUGAACAGAUGA